AGUAGUUCUGCGGUGAUCGGUGCGCCCGCCGCUUCCUUGGCUGCACAUCAGACAGGACAAUCCUUGAAGAAGAUGGAGAGGGCACCAAGCACACCGGCAAACCCCCAAUACCCAGCUCAGUCAGUCAGCUCCUACUCAGCACAAGGAGGGUUGUACCCGACUGCGCCCACAGAACUCCAGGCCUCUGUUCCGCCACCUUACCAGGGUGCACCGAUUGUGAUGGCACCACCAGUGAUGGUACAGCCAGCAGUGACCUACAAUGUGAUCAACGCGACCCUUCUGGACGUUCCUGGACAAGCCAUCUGUCCCAAGUGCAACCGGCAGGUCCUCACCGACACAAAACCUGUCUCAGGUGCCCUCACCUGGAUCUCAUGCAGCCUAAUCGCCUUUUGUGGGGGUAUUCUGGGCUGCUGCUGCAUUCCUUUCUGUUUGAACCGUUGCAAGGAUGUGCAGCACACGUGCCCCCACUGCCAACAGCUGCUCUUCAUCUACAAGCGCAUGUGAGAGGAGUCGAGGUCACGCCUCAGCAACCACUCCCUCUGCCCGAUAUGAGUGCCCACCUUAGUGUUUUCAUUGAUUUGCUGACGAGGAGCCACGGGGCAUGGCUGAUGCCAAAGCCAGCUUGAAGUGCCAGUGCCGGUGGGCCACACUAUGCUGUCUGAGUUUCAGACACUGUAAGAUGUCUGUACAGCCAGUGUUGUGAAGAUCUGCUUCUGAAGAGCUGUGUGUCUUUGUUGUUUUGCAUGGCCACAGUGGCUUCUGUUUGGGCUUUUUGGUCACACAACU